GAGUAUAGAAAGAGAAUACUGAAGCGGGAAUUCCAGGUUCCCAGAGCGAGGUUAACUCAUCCUGGUACAACUGUCGAGGGUUUAAACCGAGCCAUCUAUAUUUGGAUAAUGAAACAGUGUCGUGGGGGCAUAAUACCGGAGUAGGCUAUAAACCGAAGCACGGGAAAGAGAGAAUGAGCGCUGUUUGACAAGGAGGCUGGCUAUUGACACUCCGUCACCUUUUGGAUUAACUCUGUGCGGAGGAAGAGCGAGGGGAAGUGCGCGCAAGGUGCAGCGGUGCAACGGUCCCCCUGCUGAGAUCUGAUCUGAGAUCCCCGUAGCGGCCACUUUACCGCUCUCAGCUGCGGAGACGGAGACGCGCGCUCAGCUAAAUAGAGCAAGCAGGGUUUUUUUUAAACUGCGGAGGAAAGCUUCUACGGUGGCGAAGCGCGUCGACGAGCGGGUGAAAGAAUGGCAAGUUCUCCGUCGACUCUGAAGCGAAAACAAGCACCCGUUUUUCAGAAGAGGAUUCCUUCGAAGCGCGUUGGAAUUUGACUGUUUCUCGGUGCGGUUGUCUUGGAUUGUAUUUUCCAACGGUGGUAAACCGGAGCACCAGAGGAUUGUGAGGGGUUAUCGAAUACAAACGGAUGGCAUACCAGUCAAGCACACAGAGGAGAUGGGCAGCGCGGAGUUGUGCGCUAUGAAAUCCAGCGCAUCUUGUGUCGAUAUAAUUUAGCUACAAUCCAAUGGGGCCAAACAGAAUCGGAACAUGGGAACCUAUGAAAUGUGAGAAGAUCCGAUUUCCCUGACCCUCGGUGCUGAGAGCUGGGCUGGCGUUCCUUCUUUGAGGUGUUUGAAUCUGUCUUACAAUGGAAAAGCUGUUGCUGUGUCUGUUGGUCAUGGGAAUGGCAGUGAAGGCCCAAAUCUGUCCCAAGCGCUGUGUCUGUCAGAUCCUCUCUCCAAACCUGGCGACGCUGUGCGCCAAGAAAGGCCUCCUCUUCGUCCCGCCCAACAUCGACCGCCACACCGUGGAGCUCCGUCUGGCCGACAACUUUAUCACUAGCGUCAAACGGAAAGACUUUGGCAACAUGACGCGCCUGGUGGACCUGACGCUGUCGAGGAACACCAUCAGCUUCAUCACCCCCCACGCCUUCGCCGACCUGGAGAACCUGAGGGCCCUGCACCUCAACAGCAACAGGCUCACCCGCAUCACCAACGACACCUUCAGCGGCAUGUCGAAACUGCACCACCUCAUCCUCAACAACAACCAGCUCACCCUCAUCCACAUGGGAGCCUUCAACGACCUGCUGGCUCUGGAGGAGCUGGACCUGUCCUACAACAACCUGGAGAGCGUUCCCUGGGAGGCCAUCCAGAGGAUGACCAGCCUGCACACGCUCAGUCUGGACCACAACAUGAUCGAUUUCAUCCCCGAGGGGACCUUCUCCCUGCUUCAGAAGCUCAACAGGCUGGACGUGACCUCCAACAAGCUGCAGAAGCUCCCGCCCGAUCCGCUGUUCCAGAGAGCACAGGUCCUGGCCACCUCUGGCAUCAUGAGCCCCACAGCGUUCGCCCUGAGCUUCGGGGGGAACCCCCUCCACUGUAACUGUGAGCUGCUGUGGCUGCGAAGGCUGAGCCGCGAGGACGACCUGGAGACGUGCGCCUCGCCCCAGCACCUCUCCGGACGCUACUUCUGGUCCAUCCACGAGGAGGAGUUCAUCUGCGAGCCGCCUCUCAUCACACGCCACUCCCAGGAGAUGCGUGUGCUGGAGGGCCAGAGGGUGGCCCUGCGCUGCAAGGCCAGGGGAGACCCCGAGCCCACCAUCCACUGGAUCUCCCCGGACAGGAAGAUGGUGUCCAACUCCUCCAGAACGCUGGUGUACUCCAACGGAACCCUGGACAUCCUCAUCAGCACCGUCAAGGACACCGGCUCCUUCACCUGCAUCUCCUCCAACCCCGCCGGCGAGGCCCACCAGACGGUUCAGCUGCUCAUCAUCAAGCUGCCGCACAUCUCCAACAGCACCAACAACAUCCAGGAGCCCGACCCGGGAUCCUCGGACAUCUCCACCUCCACGCGGGCCGGCGCCAACGGCAGCAACGUGACAGGAGACAGCAAGGCCAGCCAGGACCGGAGGGUGGUGAUCGCAGAGGCCACCUCCUCCACGGCGCUCAUCAAGUUCAACUUCCAGAGGAACAUUCCUGGGAUUCGCAUGUUCCAGAUCCAGUACAACGGCAGCCUGGACGACUCUCUGGUCUACAGGAUGAUACCUCCCACCAGUAAGAACUUCCUUGUCAACAACCUGGCGGCGGGCACGAUGUACGACCUGUGCGUCCUCGCCAUCUACGACGACGGCAUCACCUCGCUGACCGCCACGCGCGUGGUCGGCUGUGUGUCCUUCACCACCGAGUCUGAGUACCUGCGCUGCCACUUCAUGCAGUCCCAGUUCCUGGGCGGGACCAUGAUCAUCAUCAUCGGUGGCAUCAUCGUGGCGUCGGUUCUCGUCUUCAUCAUCAUCCUCAUGAUCCGCUACAAGGUCUGCAACCCUGGCGACUCCGGCAAGGGCGCCAUGGUUACCACCAGCGUCCUCUCCCAGACGAACGGGGCUCAGCCCCAGGGCUGCACGGUCACCCCUUCCGUCUCCAAGCAGGGUCUGGGGGGGUCCGAUGGGGGGGAGGGAGCGGGGUGCAAGGGAGCAGGUGGAGGAGCAGGGGCGAAGGGGAACCCGGACACGCUCACACACUCCUCAGAAACCUCCAUCGCUGACUGUUCCACCGCCACCUCCCUGGUGAGCCAAUCCUGGACCAGUCCUGUCGCUGGCUCCGCCCCGGGCUCAUCCGGGACCCUCAAGCCAAAGCGCAAGCCUGCGCCAAAGCCCGCCCCCUCCGGGGUCGCCACGCCGACUGCUGCCCCCACUUCCUCCUGCACCCCAGGGCAAAAAAAGGAACCCGUCCCCCUGCCCCCCACCGAAAACCAAAACACCAAUCGGAAUAACUCCACCGCUCUGCAGCAGCCCGCCUCCCCGCCCCCAUCCUCCUCGCGCAUCAAGGACACUCCCAUCCUGAGACGCGCUGGCCAUUCCCGGGCCGCUGCCAAGUACCAGACCCUGCCGGCAGAGGGCAUGGGGGCCAAGCGCAGGUACUCCCUGAACGAGGACCUGGCCAAGCACCACUGUUACAUAGGAGCCCAGAAGCUGGGCAAGAUGUGGUCCAAGAGGAGCAUGUCUAUGAGUGGCAUGCUGCUGCAACAGGGGAGCGUGGACACGGACGCUGGCAAGGCCAACUUCUGCAGCUCAGAGUGGAUUCUAGAAAGCACUGUGUGAUGACUGUCCUGUUAUAGUGCGUCUGUGCCCUGGUUGAACAUACAUACAUGUGUGUGUGCGAGUGUGUGUGUCCUGUUUGAAUGUGCAUUACUGUGUGUGUGUGUGUGCGUGCCCUGUGUGACAUUUGAACCACGCCGUUUAUUUUUCUCCUCGUAGAGUUUUGGUUUCCGUUCGCUUAUCUCCAACCCCAUCAGUGGAGGAUGCUCGCCUUGUAGGUGUCUGACACGAGUCCCCGUCCUCCCUGACAGACGUGCGGGGUCUCCCACGGGGUCUCCCACGGGGUCUCCUACGGGGUCUCCAGUCUCACACCCAUAUCAGAAACAAAAAGGGAAGAAACAAAAAAAAAAAAUGUAUUUGCAAAAACUCCAAACCAAUGCACCCUAUGACCUGUACACGCACCUAUCGUUACGAUGGCGGCAAGAGAAAAGCAAUGGUGCCUUCUUUUGCUCAACAACAGUUGUCUUCUUGCCAGGAACACCAAUCGGAUUACAGCGUGAGCCAGAAGAGGCGGGGUCAGGAGGAAACAGAGAGAUUUUCACACAAAGCCUUUCUACUCCAGGAAACCACCUUUCCUGCCUACAGACUCUGGAACUCUGGAGACAGACAGACAUCAGAGACUUGACACUGGACCUCUUAUUAAAAUUGAUAUUUUUUAAAGAGAAAAAUCCACACGUUUCUUUUCGGUGGAGCGGCGAUGAGAGUGAAGCCCUGUACAAAGGAACAACAGAUACUGUGUUGUUAUGUUGUGUAAAAUAAAACCAGAAAAAUGACA